AUGGCCUGGAGUCACAGGACCACAGUCUGCCUGGUCCUGCUAGGUCUUGGUUUGGGUCUGGCCGGCAUUGUGUUGGCUGUGGCCCUUUCUCAUCGGCAUGCCUCUUGCGGCCCCGAGGCCUUCGCACAUGGUGCCGUGGCUGCUGACUCCAAGAUCUGCUCAGAUAUUGGACGAGCCAUCCUCCAGCAGCAGGGUUCACCUACAGAUGCCGCCAUCGCAGCCUUGAUCUGCACUGGUGUCGUUAACCCACAGAGCAUGGGCCUGGGCGGAGGGGUCAUCUUUACCAUCUACAAUGCAACAACAGGGAAGGUGGAAGUCAUCAAUGCUCGGGAGACAGUGCCAGCCAGCCAUGUCCAGGGCCUUCUAGACCAGUGUAAAAAAGCCCGGCCACUGGGGACAGGGGUCCAGUGGAUUGGGGUUCCUGGGGAGCUCCGUGGCUAUGCUGAGGCCCACCGCCGACACGGCCGCCUGCCUUGGGCUCAGCUUUUCCAGCCCACCAUCGCUCUGCUCCGGGAGGGUUUCCGUGUGCCCUCUGUCCUCAGCCAGUUCCUCAACAACAGCUUCCUGCGGCCUUCCUUGUAUUCAUCAACCCUGAGACAGCUCUUCUUCAAUGGGACAGAAACCUUGAGAUCUCAGGACCCAUUUCCAUGGCCCGCACUGGCCAACACCCUGGAGACUGUGGCCACGGAGGGUCCAGAGGCCUUAUACACAGGGAGACUGGGCCAUAUGCUGGUGGAGGACAUUGCCAAGGAAGGAAGCCAGCUGACAGUUCAAGACUUGGCCGCCUUCCAGCCUGAAGUGGUGGCUCCCCUGGAAAUGCCCCUAGGAAACUACACCCUGUACUCACCACCACCACCUGCAGGGGGUGCUCUUCUUAGCUUCAUUCUCAAUGUGCUGAAAGGGUUCAACUUCUCUGCAGAGACAGUGGCCCGGCCUGAGGGGAAAGGGAACAUGUACCAUCACCUUGUAGAGACACUCAAGUUCACAGUAGGGCAGAGGUGGCGGCUAAGGGACCCUUCCAGUCACCCAGGGACACAGAACACCUCCCAGGACCUUCUGGGGGAGGCUCUAGCCCAGCACGUCCGCCAGCAGAUCGAUGGCCGCGGUGACCACCAGCUCAGCCACUACAACCUGACCGGGGUCAGGGGCAUCAGGAUGGGCACCUCUCAUGUGUCUGUGUUGGGAGAGGAUGGCAGUGCUGUGGCGGCUACCAGCACCAUCAACACACCCUUUGGAGCGAUGGUGUACUCACCUCGGACAGGUAUUCUCCUUAACAACGAGCUACUGGACUUGUGCUGGAGGCACGCACCUGGUUCAACUGCUACUCCUCCACCUGUUCCAGGUGAGCGGCCACCAUCUUGUAUGGUACCCUCCAUCUUGGUCAACAAGGCCCAGGGAUCCAAGCUGGUGAUUGGUGGAGCUGGAGGGGAACUCAUCAUCUCUGCUGUGAUCCAGACCAUCAUGAAUAAGCUGUGGCUUGGCUUUGACCUGACAGAAGCCAUUGCAUCCCCCAUCCUACAUGUCAAUAGCCAGGGCCAGGUGGAGUAUGAACCCAAGUUGAACCAGGAGGUGCAGAAGGAGCUGCAGGACCGGGGCCAGAGCAAGAGCCCACGGCUGUUUUUCUUGAAUGUGGUCCAAGCUGUGUUCCAGGAAGGUCCCUGUGUCUACGCCGCAUCUGAUCCAAGGAAGGCUGGGAAGGCUUCAGGAUACUGA